AUGACAAAUACAAAUGGUGCUGAUUCUGCGGGGCCACCUCCUGGUGAGAAGAGUGGUUUUCAGCCCAUCGCCAUCAUCGGAUAUGCUUGUCGACUGCCGGGACAAGUGACCUCUCCCAAUGACUUGUGGGAGCUAUGCACACGAGCUCGAAGUGGCUGGUCACCUAUCCCCAAAGACCGUUUCUCCGUCGAUGCAUUCCAUCACCCUAACCCGUCCAAGGUUGGUUCCUUCAAUCCGAAGGGAGGCUACUUUUUGGAUGGGGAUAUUGCUUGUUUCGAUGCUCCAUUCUUUAAUAUCACUCUUCAAGAAGCUACAUCCAUGGAUCCCCAGCAGCGCUUGUUGCUGGAGUGCACAUUCGAAGCUUUGGAGAGUGCUGGAAUUCCCAAAGAAAGUCUUGCACGCCAGAACGUGGGUGUCUUUGCUGGUAGCAAUUUCCCUGAUUACGAGCUCAAUAAUAUUCGCGAUAUGGAGACUAUCCCCAUGUACCAAGCCACCGGGUGCUCAUCCUCACUUUACUCCAAUCGCAUCUCGUACUUCUUCGAUCUUCAAGGGCCCAGUGUCACAUUAGAUUCAGCUUGUUCUUCUUCCCUCGUUGCAAUUCACUAUGCAGUACAGAGCUUACGAAGUGGAGAGUCUAAGGUAGCCCUCGUUGUUAGCUGUCACCUCAACAUUAUCCCGGAUGUAUGGGUUUCCAUGUCCAUGUCACAGUUAUUUAACGGUGAGGGGAAAACAUUCUGCUUCGAUGAGAGAGCCACGUCCGGUUUCGCACGAGGUGAGGGCUCAGGUGUUGUGAUUUUGAAACCACUCGAUGCCGCAAUACGUGACAAAGAUCCCGUUCGAGCCGUAAUUCUCCACUCCGGAGUCAAUCAAGAUGGACGCACUAAGGGUAUAACUUUACCUAAUGGGCUUGCCCAGGAGGAGCUAAUCCGGCGUGUGUACCAAGAAGCCAACCUCAACCCCGACGAUUGCGGCUUUGCAGAACUGCAUGGAACUGGAACAAAGAUCGGUGAUCCAAUCGAGGCUGCAGCUGUUCAUGCAGCAUUAGGAAAGAAUCGAACACCGAGGAACCCGCUUUAUAUUGGGUCUGUCAAAUCUAACGUUGGCCACCUAGAGGGUGCCAGUGGUCUCAUUGCUAUUAUCAAAGCAGCAAUGAUGCUUGACAGAGGGUUGAUGCUUCCAACAGCUGAGUUCAAGAACCCGAACCCCAAUAUUCCCUUGAGUGAGUGGAAUAUGAAGGUCUUGACAACAACACGACCCUGGCCCCCUCGCAUGAAGUACUUGAGUGUUUCCAAUUACGGGUUUGGGGGAACCAAUGCACAUGCUGUUCUUGGAAAGGCGCCUCUAGAAUCCAAAGCCCCAGAUGAAGCUGUUGAGGAUGUUGAAGUGGACCCCAAACGCAAGCUGUUCCUGAUAUCUGCCAACGACAAAGAAUCUCUGCGUACUAGGAUCAAAGACCUCGGCAUCUAUUUCGAACAACAUCCCGAAGUUUUUGAAAGGGCUUUAUGCAGCAACGUCGCUUAUACCCUCGGCAAUAAAAUGUCGCAACUCUCGUAUCGUGUUGGUGUUUCAGCUACCUCUCUAGAUGACCUUGGGAUAUGUCUUGCUCGAUUGAACAUUAACCCAUCUCGGGUCCUGGGUCCCCCAAUAGUAUCAUUCGUCUUCACUGGACAAGGGGUGCAGUGGCCACAGAUGGGUGUUUCUCUUAUGAACCAAUACCCAGUGUAUGAAUCGGCUAUCAAACGAGCUGAUCAAUGUCUACGAAGACUUGGUGCUGAAUUCUCUCUCAUCGAAGAGCUGGAAAGAGACGAGAAAGUCUCUGACAUUAAUUCUCCUCAUCUGAGCCAACCAGCCUGUACAGCGCUUCAGAUUGCACUGGUUGAUCUCCUUGGGUCCUGGGGGAUCCGUCCUGCUUCAGUCAUUGGGCACAGUUCCGGGGAGAUUAGUGCUGCCUAUGCUGCGGGAAUCUAUGACCUGGAAGGCACCAUGGCUCUGGCGUAUCACCGUGGACAAAUAAUCUCUUUGCUCAAGUCAUCGUUCCCUUCCCUGGAGGGGGCUAUGAUUGCCGUCGGUGCUACCCGGGAGGCUGUUCAGCCUAUGCUGAGAACCCUGCCUGGAUAUGCCACUAUAGCCUGUGUGAAUAGCCCUUCUAGCAUUACUGUAUCGGGAGACGUAGCCGCAAUUGAUGAGCUUGAAAAGAUUCUCGAGAACAAGCAGCUGUUCAACCGGAAAUUGAAGGUUGACGUUGCCUACCAUUCCGACCAUAUGAAGAAGGUUGCCAAGGCCUAUCUGGCUGCAAUUGAGUCUAUUCAGCGUCUUCCAUCGCCAACGGCUUUAUUCUGCUCAACUGUGUUCGGUCGCCUUGUGGAACCUUUUGAGCUUCGCUCGGCAUACUGGGUCGCGAACUUAACCUUGCCGGUGUUGUUCCCUGACGCACUUUCCAAGAUUGUGUCGGAUGAUGAAACACGACCUAAUCUUCUUGUUGAGGUUGGUGCGCACUCUGCAAUGAAAGGCCCUAUCAUGGAUACCCUGAAGAGUCUAGGUACAAGUGCUGCCAAAAUCGGUUAUACUCCUACAAUUGUCCGCAACGCGGAUGCAGCACAAUCUGUAUUGGAUGCUGCAGCAGCUGCAUAUGUGCGAGGUGCCACACUCAAUAUGACGAAUGUGAAUUUCCCUAAGACCGGUGCGGUAAACCGCUGGUUCUUGUCUAAUUUGCCUCGUUAUCCUUGGCAACAUGGAACUCGGUACUGGUACGCUUCCCGUAUCUCGCAAAAGCAUAUGGUCAGGGAUGGUGCCAGGAACGAUGUUUUGGGAGUUUUGGCGAGCUAUUCCAAUGAUUUGGAGCCAACCUGGCGAAAUAUUGUCCGCCUGGAUGAGGUUCCCUACCUCCGGGAUCACAAAAUGCAGGGAUUGGCUGUUUAUCCUUUGGCGGGCUAUGUGGGUUUGAUAAAUCAUCAAUCAUGCGAAGCCUAUGAACUGACUGUUUAG